AUGCUGUCCACAUCUCGUUCUCGAUUUAUCAGAAAUACCAAUGGGAGCGGUGAAGAAGUCACCACCUUUUUUGAUUAUGAUUAUGGUGCUCCCUGUCAUAAAUUUGACGUGAAGCAAAUCGGGGCCCAACUGCUGCCUCCGCUCUACUCGCUGGUGUUCAUCUUUGGUUUUGUGGGCAACAUGCUGGUCGUCCUCAUCUUAAUAAACUGCAAAAAGCUGAAGAGCUUGACUGACAUCUACCUGCUCAACCUGGCCAUCUCUGAUCUGCUUUUUCUUAUUACUCUCCCACUGUGGGCUCACUCUGCUGCAAAUGAGUGGGUCUUUGGGAAUGCAAUGUGCAAAUUAUUCACAGGGCUGUAUCACAUUGGUUAUUUUGGCGGAAUCUUCUUCAUCAUCCUCCUGACAAUCGAUAGAUACCUGGCAAUCGUCCAUGCUGUGUUUGCUUUAAAAGCCAGGACGGUCACCUUUGGGGUGGUGACAAGUGUGAUCACCUGGUUGGUGGCUGUGUUUGCUUCUGUCCCAGGAAUCAUCUUUACUAAAUGCCAGGAAGAAGAUUCUGUUUAUAUCUGCGGCCCUUAUUUUCCACGAGGAUGGAAUAAUUUCCACACAAUAAUGAGGAACAUUUUGGGGCUGGUCCUGCCGCUGCUCAUCAUGGUCAUCUGCUACUCAGGAAUCCUGAAAACCCUGCUUCGGUGUCGAAACGAGAAGAAGAGGCACAGGGCUGUGAGGCUCAUCUUCACCAUCAUGAUUGUUUACUUUCUCUUCUGGACUCCCUAUAAUAUUGUCAUUCUCCUGAACACCUUCCAGGAAUUCUUCGGCCUGAGUAACUGUGAAAGCACCAGGCAACUGGACCAAGCCACACAGGUGACGGAGACUCUUGGGAUGACACACUGCUGCAUCAACCCCAUCAUCUACGCGUUCGUGGGUGAGAAGUUCAGAAGGUAUCUCUCGAUGUUCUUCCGAAAGUACAUCACCAAGCGCUUCUGCAAACAAUGUCCAGUUUUCUACAGAGAGACAGUGGAUGGAGUGACUUCAACAAACACGCCUUCCACUGCGGAGCAGGAAGUCUCGGUUGGUUUAUAA